UUAUUUCCUAAAAAAGAUUUUCAGGCCUACCAAACAGAGCCAAAAUAUAUGCCAAAUCUUCGGAAAUGGAAAAACCACGUACAUGUACAGUAAUACGUGCAGUCUCCUACUUGUGCAACUGUAAAUGCUAGUGCAGACUUGCACUGCUCCUGGUGGUGGAGGAAUAUAUAAUUUGUUCUUUCUUCUCACAAUCUAAAUCACCUACAACUUCCCAUUUUCAUCACUCUCAGUUUGCAUUCUUCGAUUUCGCUGUUUCCGAACUACGAUUUUUUCUUCGCUUUCAGCUGUCGAUCUUGCGGUCUUCGAACUAUUGCUGUGCUGUGGUUGUCUUUCAUUAUCUAUUAAAGAAGUUGCAAUGAGAGAAAGCUCUUCAGGUUAUUUUCCAAAGUAUGGGGCAAUCUUCAUGGCAAACAACUCCACCAGGAAAGAAUGCUUUGAAAGAGAACUCUUUGGUCUUCCGUAUGAGUUUACUGAUUUUGUGAUGGAAGUUAAAACCGGGAUGCUUUUGUUUCUCUUUGAUUACCAAGAGAAAAAUCUUUAUGGGGUUUUCGAGGCCACCUCAGAUGGCGCGAUGAAUAUAGUCCCAGAUGCAUACACAUCAACAUCUAAGAAGUUUCCUGCACAGGUCCGCUUCGGUACUUUCUGGCGCUGUGAUCCUCUUCCAGAGCAUGUUUUUCGUGAUGCCAUUGCGGAAAACUACUACUCAAAAUCAAAAUUCAGCUUUGGUUUGUCCAGAGAUCAAGUAGGUAGGCUCCUCACUUUGUUUGGGAGAAGAAAGCUCAAGGUCCCUAGCUCUCCUGUUAGUACAAGACUAUCUAAGAGAAGCAACAAUACAGAAAAAUCUGUGGUUGCAACUCAUCCUGGUUCUCUGGAAAAUUCAAUAUCAUUUGCGGAGUCCAUGCAAGUGUCAGUUCCAGAAAAAGUAAGCAACUUAGAUGCUUCUGAUCAGGGACAUGCUGCUGACCUUGAAGACUAUAUACCCUUGCCUUCAGUAGAACCUGAAGAAAUCGAAGACCCUCCUGGUGCUUUCCUUUGGGGUGCUAACUUCUCCGCCUUGUGGUCAUCUGCAGAACAAGGUGGAACAGACGAAAAGAAACUUGAUACUGAUACUAGGUAUCACGCUCAGGGGUGGGAUUCAGACAGUUUAAAGCCAGCUAGCUUCUCUUCAGGUUCUAAAAGAAGCAUCGAACAAGACGACCACAAGGAACUUGAUGCUUUCCUGUGGGGUGCUAACUUCUCCGCCCUCUUGUCAUCUGCAGAAGGUGGAACUGAUGAAAAGAAGAUUGAUACUGAUACCAGGUAUCAUGUUCAGGGAUGGGAUUCAGACAGUUUAAAGCCAGCUAGCUGCUCUUCAGGACCUGAAAGGAGCAUUGCACAAGAUAACCACAAGAAAGUUGAUGAAUCCAGUGAUUUGCAGGUGCAAGGGAUGUAUUCAGACAGUUCAAAGAACAGAACAAGUGUGUUUCUGCGGUUAGCAGGGAUUGAAAAAGUGAUGGUAGAGGACCGUCAUGGUCAUAGGAAAAGUAAGGUGGACAGUCCGAGGGACAUCCUUAAAAGAUUGGACGAGAGACGGAAAAUGUGGAAGUGCAAAAGAAGCACAGAAACUCCUUCAAGAUCCGGGGUUAGUGUUUUUUCUAGGUUGAGAAGCAAUGUAGGAAGAGCACUGGAAAGCCAAAAAGUUUUAGCUGGUGGGAGUGAACCCACAGGUGCUGCGGAAGAAUUCACUCGUCAAGAUUUGAAGCGCAAGACUAGUUGCAGUUUAAAUAUUAAUGCGAACGAUUGUAACGAUUUACCAGGUAAAAAGGGGGAGAGAAGAUCGAGGAGGAAGUGUUCCAAAAGUAGCUCAAGCAUAACUAGGACUCCCACAGUUCUCUCCAAUGUGCUUGAUCUUUCUGACGGAAGUUCUGUUUGCACAAUAAACAGUGCAUAUCAUAAAGGAUUUUAAUGCUUUUACAUA